AUGUCUACUGACAAGGAUGUAGUUCCACCGUUGCCACCUAUUUCAAGACAAGAGAACAGAAAAACAAAAGAGCCAUCUUCCUUAGUUCCCAUCAUCAAAGAAAGUAAAGAACUCCCUGAGUUAAAAAGGAAGUCAAGUGUGACCGACAGAUGGAAGCAUUCUCCCCCUUCCUUAAAAAACGAUUAUAUUCCAGAAGAGAUCUUUGUUGCUCUCACCUCUGCUGCCAACCCUGUUCCCUGCCCCUCAUAUCUGAGGCCUCCCAAGAAAACUAAACGUAUGAAAGACUUCCAGGGUUGCGUUCGUACUGCUGAUGGGGUCUGGCAGCAUUCUGUUCGCCGAAACAAGUUUCGCUACCUGAUACAGAAUCCCAUCUGCCUGACAGGGGCAGGAAGGGAUGUCUCUUUUCUAUAUGAUGUCAUUGCUGAAAAACAGAGAAGGACUCCUCCCCCAACUCCUGAGCCAGAUAAGACUGCAUCCGGGACAAAUCUGAAGCAGGAAACAGGGACAGGAAAUAUAGGAAACAGUCUUGUCCCAGAAGAAUUUCACGUAGUAAAGAACAGAGGCGUGAUAGGCUUGGAGUAUUACGAUGAUAAGUAUACCACUCUACUUGAAGACCAUGAAAACAGACUACGGGUCUUCCCAUCGAUGAAGCCGUCUGGGAGGCUGGAGGUCAUCCAGCUGAUGAAGGUCAUGGACACCAUGCUGGAAAAGGCUGGAGUGGAUAACGAGGCAACAGGGGUGACGGGACUUUCUCAGAUGCACAAUGUCCUAGAACUGAUGAAGGUGGAGCAGAACAUCUAUAACAUCGUGUUUCAUGAACUCAUCCGACAAGUCAGCGUGGACUGUGUGGAACGAGGAGAACUCCUUUCCAAGCUCAGACAAAGAUAUGUUUUGCUGCUGGACCGGAUUCCCAGACAGAUGAGGAAUCUCUACAAAGAAAUGAUGGCGCAGAGGGUAAUGGACAAACACAUCACAGAGGAAUUAUUCAAGUUCAAGGAAGCAGUUGGAAAGCUGACAAGGGAACUGCAGACAGUCCGAGAACAUGACCGCAGAGCAAUCGUGGACGUAGAAAUGGCCCAUGAGAAACUUGCCAGGGCAAUAUGGGAUUCUGAGUUGAAUGCAAACCUUUUGGAUGAAUACCGUGAACUGUAUGAAUUGCAGAGAGCAAGACUCGAGGCCCAGAUUCACCAGUUAACCGAAGAGAAGGAACUGUGGAGUGGUGCUACUUAUGAUCUGGCCCUCAAGGUCAUCGAAAAGAACAAGGUGAUCUUGGCUCGCAGACUGUAUGCCAGUGAAAAGGCGUGGACCAAUGUCAUGAAGCACUUCACAGUUCUUUUGGCAUCAGAGGAUGCUAUGGAUCUUUCAAGCCUGCAGCAGCUGACCCAGGAGUACCGAGAACUCGUGUGCCAUAUUGGCCUGGAGGUGAAGCAAGCCGAAGACGCUAUCAGGGAGCCAUUAUAUAUCAUUCAGGAUGGCUUGGAUGGAUGGCUCACUUACUUCCGGGAACAUGUCCUUGGAAAAGGAUCUUACAGUGCUGCAAAAGGAGCCACUUUGUUAGAUGAAAUCAUGGUGGACCUCAAAAACUGGGAGAAGAUUUUGAAUAGGCAGUUGGAUAUGUAUGGGGGAGACGUACACCUUGCAAGGAAAGAGCCCGUGGUAUCAGCUGCAAAGCUUCAGAAACAGUGGAUGGAGCUGGGAACGGCUAUUCUCAGCCGCCACAAGACUCUCAAUGGCAAGAUGCCUCCUGAAUGGAAGCUGCUGGAGAAUAUUAACAAAACCUGCAACAAUCUCUGUCAGCAGUACUCCAUUAGAAUCGGUGGGGAAAAUGGGAUCACCAGGAUUUUAACAAGUUUGAUCAACGGUUUGGAAGACUGGACAUUCAGAAUGCUAGCCAGCAAGCAAAAAUCUGGGAUGCAUGAAAGUGACUGGGUGAAAUUUUUCCAAACUGUUAGCGAUUGGCUGCUUCAGAUAACUGAUCUGUUGAAGUUCAUUGGUACUUGCGAAACUCCAGAGGACCGAAGGCUUAGAACAACUAAUGCCCCGGUGGAACCAGAAGAUAUAUUCAAGAAGAUUCAGCAGUGGAUCUUGACUGCCACUAAUGGGUCUGAGAAAGGAAACGUCCAACUUGCCCAGGAAAUGACAGAGUUCCACAACAUUCUGAGUAAUUGGAUGGUGAACCUGCUGCUCAUCAUGGUGCCCGACCACUCUUCUCGUGAGACUCUUCCCUUGACCGAUGCAGAAGUCGUGAGGCAGGCAGAGCACAAGCUGCUGGACGUUUUCAGGCUGGAAGGAGAAGCUGCCAACCUGGCCGUCAAGUUCAGCAAGUUCUCCAGUUACAUCGUCAGCUGCUGCAAGGAUAUGGUUACAUCGAUAACACGUAGGAAACUGGCUAAUUUUGAUCCAGAUGCAGAAUAUGAAUUGAGACAAUUGGAAAAAAUCAAGACAGAAUGCAUAGACUGGAUCCAAACCUGCAGUCUUCUCCUCUCUGGAAUGAAGACCACACCCACAACUUUAAUCAGCACAGAGGAGCUGAUCAGUCUGUUUGGGGCGGAGGCACUUCAGCCCAAGCUCCAACUGCCACUUCACCCAGAGCAGGACAUAGAUGCCUCUCCUGAAGAAAGACAAGAAAUUCCAGAGGAGCGUAAGAAAGACAAAAUUCAAGAAUCUGGCAGCAAGGAGGUUCAAGAAUCUGGCAGCAAGGAGGUUCAAGAAUCUGGUAGUAAGGAGGAACCACCACCUGUGCCUGGCCCAAGCACUGAUCAGCAAGCUGCGAGUGCCACGAGCAUGCAGUCAAUCAGAUACAUUGGACCUGAUUCUAAUGUGCAUGUCAGGACUAUUGAGACUGAACAAGUCACAGUCUCAGGUAGGGAGCUGUAUGCCAGCCAGUGGACCACUAAGUACUCAAGCAAGGAAUUUGAGAUGCUAGCUUCACUGGAAAUUCUAGAAGAGCGGCUCCUGGAGGCUGAAAAGCGGGCCCAGCAAGCUGAGGAAAAAUCAGAACACCUUCAUGAAAAAUUAGAAGAGGCUCUAUCAAAACUCCAAGACUUGGAGGAUGGGGCACCAAAAGAGGAGCCUACCUUAGAAACAUCAUCAACGUCAGAUUCCCAUUUUAAAGAAGAGCCUGACUCAUCAUCACGGGUUCGUCGCUCAUCCACUAAGGCUAAGAAGUCCACCAAACCCAAGCGCUGA